UCCCUUGUGGACCAUCAAAAACAGGGUCUCUGAAAGCCAGAGAAGAGUCCUCGUUCCUUCUCGCUGCCCUCAGUAAAGCAUUACUUUGACCAUGAAGGCAACUGGUGUUUUCCUGCUCCUCUGCCUGGCACUCUGCAGCUACCCAGGAAAUGCUGAACCAGACGGUGCUGCUGACACAGGCACAGAGGCAGCUUGUGGCAAUUAUGACCUAAAGAAAGGCUGUGCAAAGAUCUUUGACCCCAUCUGUGGCACAGACAACGUCUUAUACAGCAAUGAGUGUUUGUUGUGCUUUCAGAACCUCUUCCAGCACCCGACCAGUGGGAGACCGGUGACCUCAUGACUUUCAGUGUAUUGGGCAUUAAAACUGAUGCUCCAGGGCCUGUGCCAGGAGGAAGAGUCUGGCCUGGCUGCUUGGGCUGAAGGACUUCCUGUCUUGUCUCUUGUUCUUGGAGAGCUUUGCGGCUCCCUUUCCAGGCUGGGACCCAGUGCCCUGACCUGGGGUCUGGCUUGCUCAGGGUGAGGUCCAGGGGCUGGAGCAGUGGAGGACGAGGGUGCAGGCUCCCUGGAUGGAGAGAGGGAGGAGGUUUAGGCACUGGAGGCCGCUGUUGCUCCGUUGGAGCUGGAGCCAGCACCAGAGCCCACAGCCGGGCAGGGGCUGGCAGGCAGCCCCAGCCGGGGAGCAGAGCCGGGAGCCCCAGGGCUUGCAGCAAGAGCUCGGGGCUUCUCUUUCGAGCCCUACAAGGAGGCUAAACUCUGCCAAAAUGGGGUAGCUGGGUAGUCGCGUCUCCCUGUGGCAGCACGGCCCUGCCAGCUGCUCCCCAGGGAGGGAGCAGGGUGCUCCGGCUGCUUGGGCCAAAGGACUAUAGCCAGUAGCCCCAAACACAGCCCGGAUGGGGGGGCAUUUCCCUCCUGCAGCCGUGCAGAGCCAGGUGCCACUGGUCCCUGUGCCGGCAGCAAGCACAGGGCAGCUGCAGCCCCACCGGCAUGCCAUGGCUGAGGCUCGCUGGGGACCCACAACGCACUGUGAGCCGCACACGGCAGCCAGCCACUGCCCUCACGUCAGCCUCCCCACACCACCGGCCCUGCUCACAGCAUCUCCCUAGCUUUUUCAGACAAUGCCUUAAAAACUGUGAGGUGGUCAGAUGCUGUGGCAAUGCAGAUCAUAUGGAAGUCUUCCAGGUGGAGAAAAUUGCCAUGGAAUACAGCUGGCAACAGGAACAGCUCUUCAAUACCUCUGUCUCCACCAGGAGUAAUAUUCCAACAAGAUUUGGAAAGGAGUUCGGAGCAGUUCUUGCAAGAGGGGAUACAAUAGAGGUUGGGGUGGGGGCGCAGCCUCCAGGGCUUCCCCAUGAGUGCUUUGUUUGAGCGCAUGUGCAGGAUGAUGGCAGAGAGGGGUUUCACUCCUGCACCAGGAGUUGCCCCAAAACCUUGAGGUAGAUGUUGAACAGGAGAAGAGUUUCAAGUUAUAUCUCGAUUUACCAAAAGCAGUAUUCUGGGCUGCUCUCUGACUUUCUGUUGUAGCCCUUGAGUAAGGAAUAAUUUGUAUUUUGGGAAAAACGAAAGCUUCAUUCUUAGUAAAGCCUGAACCUCACUUUGGUUAGAAACAUGUUUGAGUUCUCUUCUUCUGUAUUCCUUGAAGAAGCAGCUGCUACACAAAAAAUGUAUGAUCAAGCUGAGAAAAAGCUCUAGUGUUCAUCUGAAACUCCAAAUGCAGCCCCAC